AUGGAAGAAGAUAACGAUGAAGUUCCGGAGAUCAGAACCAUCGCUAUUCCUUUGAAGGACAGUCAGGAAGAUGGUACCCACCUAAAACGUCUCCGCCGGUUCUCUAUCGAAGUUUGGAACUUAACACAAAAUUGGGCGACGGCAUCUGAAAAAUCCGUUCAAUAUGUCGAAUCAAUAAUCAAUUCACGACUCAAACUGCUUUAUUCAAAAGACGACAAGGCAGAUGAAUCCGCGAAAUUGACAAAAGAUCAAACUGACAGAAUUUUCAAUGAUAUUGUCGUUGCGAAUUCUAAAUUGAAUCAAACAAUGUCGGAUUUUGAACGAAUCAUUUCGAAAUUUGAAGUUGCUCGAGGAAGAAUGUCUGCUUGGAAACUGUUGACAGAGAAAAGUUCAAAUGCUGAGGAAAAGUAUAUUGAAGUUAUCGAAAUAAACUGUUCCGAACUACCAGAUGGAGCCGAAGUCUUGAGCAUAUUGGAAGCAGAAGAAGCAAAGUUGUCAUACUGGAUCGAAGUGGCUCUGGAAUAUUUCCGACAAGAUCGCGUCCAACCUUUCAUGGAGAUUCUAGAAGCAGCUGGCACUCGCGCCGGAUUAGAAUAUGAUGGUGUGAAACAGGAUCAGAUGAGAGCUCUGGAUAUUCUUGCUGCCUAUUGGAUGACACAAGGAUACAGAGAAAGAGCAAAGGACAAGAAGCAGGAUUUCUUCUCGAAAGCUACCGUUCUCUUCAACACUGCAGACAAAAUAGCCAUGUAUGAAUGGUCUCAUUUGACUGUUCGUGCUUGGUUCUAUCUUUUCGAAAGGGAUAAAAGUACCAACAAGUAUGAGUUGGCAGAUCAGCAAUUCAACUACGUCGUUAAAACAUAUCCACAAAAUGUGCUCCCGUUGAUUGGAAAAGCUGUCAUUGCAUUCAACAAGAAAGAUUACAAAACUGCAAUUUUCUACUUCCGCAAAGCCAUCCGUCAACGUCGCUACUCGAUCGCGGAUCUUCGUGUCGGAAUCGGUUAUUGCUUCGCUAAAAUGGGAUUGGUGGACAAGUCAAAAUUGGCAUUUGAGAGAGCUCUCGAGCUGGAGCCAGACAAUGUUUCUGCAAUGUGUGGAUUGGGAAUAAUUCUGUUGAACACAUUAGAACAAGAUAAUCUCAAAAUUGCUGUAAACUUGUUUGGAAGAGCCUAUCAUGCACAACCAGAUCAGCCAGUGGCACUCGUUCAUCUAGCCAAUCAUUUCUUCUUCAAAGGAGAAGUGGAACGAGCGUGGCAGCUAUCAUGGCAUGCAGCAUCAAAUGACUGUGACUCUAUCAAAGCUGAAGCGUUCUACCAAAUGGGAAGGUGUCGGCAUACACAAGGACAGUAUGACGGAGCUUAUAAGUAUUACUACCAAGCUCGUCAAGCCAACAAUCAAGAGCACACUCUUGCUCACUACGGUCUCGGUCAGAUGUAUAUUCAUCGCAACGAAAUCGAAGAAGCCAUAAAAUGUUUCGAAGUUGUUCAUCAGCGUUUGCCACAUAACACUGACACAAUGAAGAUUCUCGGAAGUCUCUAUGCACAUGUACAGUUGGCUGAUCCAGCACGCACCAAUGAGGCAAGACAAAAAGGACGAGAUGUGCUGGCAAAGUACUUGAACAUUGAGGCGGAAGACUGCGAAGCUUGUAUUGAUUUGGCACAACUUCUCGAAUCAACAGACUCCAAAAAAUCUCUUGAAUUGUACGAACGAGCAAUUGAUUUGUUGGAGGCAUUCGAACAGAUCCCACCACAACCAGAAAUGCUCAACAACGUUGGAGCUCUCCACAUGUCAAUGAAACAAUUUGACAAAGCCGAACAUUAUUUCAAAAAAGCCAAGGAGAGUCUUGAAGAACAAUUGAGCUCAGAAGCAGCACAGUUUUCGGACCGUAGAGCUGCUCCAGAACGCUCACACCUUCUCACGAUCCGCUAUAAUUUGGCCCGCUGUUUGGAACAUCUCUGUCGUACUUCUGAAGCCGAGCAGAUGUAUAAGGACAUCAUCUCUGAGUGCCCAGGAUAUACUGACGGAUAUCUUCGUCUUGGAUGUAUCGCCAGAGAUCGUCAUCAAGUUUAUGAAGCCUCGUUGUCGUUCAAACAAGGAGUUCAAUUUGAUCAGUCAUCGCCAGUUGUUUGGACAUUGAUUGGAAAUCUGCAUUAUGCCAAAAACGAAUGGAUGCCAGCACAGAAGAAAUUUGAAUUCAUUCUAUCCAAGAUAUAUAACAACAAGACACCUGAUCCAUAUUCGUUGGUAGCGCUGGGUAAUGUGUGGAUAGAGCAACUAUUGAAUCCAUCAAGAAAGAAGGAAGAUGAGAAGAAAUACAUGGAUCGUGCUCUUCAAAUGUACCAGAAGGCUUUGAAACUGGAACCAAAAAAUAUGUACGCUGCAAAUGGCAUCGGUUGUGUUCUAGCAUACAAACGAAACUGGAACGAUGCUCGUGACGUUUUCUCUCAAGUUCGUGAAUCGACCAGCGAGUUCUACGAUGUCUGGAUGAACAUAGCCCACGUUUUCAUGGAGAGAGAACAAUGGAUGUCUGCAGUCCAAAUGUAUUCAUCAGCUAUGAAAAAGUUCCGAAAGGAGAACGAUGCUAUGCUUUUGCAUUACCUUGCAAAGGCUUAUUAUCGCGCUAAUAUGCUCAGUGAGGCGAAGGAAGCUCUUGAGAGAGCAAUGCUCGAUCAGUUGGAUAACACUCAGCUCAAAUUCAAUUAUGCUAUUGUUUUGAAAAAGUCUGCGAAGGAGAUACUUCGUGGGCACAAAAUGACAUCUCAACAAGUAAACACUGCUAUAAGCGACCUGACAUUUGCUGAAAAGAUUUUCCAAUACAUCUCCAAGAACGAUGACCGUCAAGCCAGUCACACUGGAAUGCGAAUUUCAAGAACCGCUUGUUCGGAAGAAGCGAAGAACUGUAGAGAUCUGUUGACUCAAGCGAAACAUAAACUGGCUGCUGCACAGACUCAGGAUGAGGAGGAACGACGGUUGAUAGAGAAGCAAGAAAAGGAGAAGAUAGCAUUGAAAAAUAAGCUGAUGGAAGAAGCAAGAGCUCGAGAAGAGGCUGAAAAGAAGAGAAUCGAGGAUGCAAAGAAUCUUCGAUUAUCGUUCAUAGAAAUGACCAAGGAUGUGCUGAGGCUUCCAGAGAUUGUAGAGGAGAAACGAAGAGGCGGAGGUGGUCGUAAGCGACGAAACGAUGAUGGAGACGAAUUUGUCAAUGACAGUUCGGAUGCCGGAAACUAUGAUGGGGAAGAAGGUGGCGAGGAUGGCGAGAGACGAGAACGUCGGAAGAAGGAUAAGGCAGCAAAGAAGGCGUCGAGAAAGAAGAGAGAGCGAAGAGAUAGUGACGGAGGAUCAGAUUCAAACAGACGAGAUGAGAAGAAGAGAAAGAGAAAGGAGGAGAAGGCGAGAAAACUUGAAGAAAAGCUCUCAGCCAAACAGUCCGCGAAGAUCAAGUCACGUGCAUUCCUGUCGUCAUCUGAAUCUUCUGAUGAUGAUAAGCCAAAACCAGCUGCUGAUUCUUCAGAUGAAGAGGAAGACGAGAGACCGCCAGUGAAUGAGUUUGAUAGUCCUGAUAGUAAUGCCGGUAGUGAUGAGGAGAUGGCGGCAGCGAAGAAAAAAAAGAAGAAGGCUGUCGUGGAUUCUGAUGAGGGUUCUGACAAUUCUGAUGAUGACAGACCGAUUAUUGGAGCUUCAGAUGAAAUGUCUUAUUUUUCAGAGGACGACGAUGACAAGCCGGCUGCCGGUGGUGCCUCCAGUAGUAGUGACAGUGAUGUGCCAAAGGAGAAAGUAGUAGAAAGUGACAGCGAUUAG